ACCCCGAGGGUUGCCAUGGCGACGGCGGCGCCUCUCCCCGCGCAUGCGCGGCCCAUGCGCGGCCCUUGCGGCGGCUUCCGGCGGGCCCGCGGUGGCGGCGGGAUGGAGCGCUUCGGGCCGGGCCCCGUCAGCGCCGUGCCCGUGGCCGAGUUCAGGCCAAAUGAGGGUUCAUUAACAUCAACUUUAAGAACGCUUCUGUUCUUCACAGCUCUAAUGAUUACAUUACCUGUUGGGCUAUAUUUUUCAUCAAAGGCUUAUGUAUUUGAAGGUUCCCUGGGCAUGUCAGACAGAGACAGCUAUUUCUAUGCUGCCAUCGUGGCUGUGGUCACUGUGCACGUGGUGCUGGCUCUCUUUGUUUAUGUGGCCUGGAGCGAGGGCUCGCGGCAGUGGCGCGAGGGCAAGCAGGACUGAGCUGGACAUCGUGGGUGAACGAUGGCCACAGACUGUGCAGCACAUUUUUUAUAAGCUGAAGGAAAAGCAUUCUUCCAAAUACACAUGUACAAAGAGGAGGCUGGUGCCUCAGCUGUGGUUAAAAUAAGAUUGUGCUCAUCUUGACUGUGUACUGGUGUUUUCUGUGAUGGUGAUGGAAGUUGUUCUUUAGCCAGCUUCUACUGUGUUGAGCUGAGGAGGCCUUCACUUGCAAUUAAAGUGGAAUGAUUACAUACUUUUGAAAACUCCUGUAGCUACUUUUGCCAUGUCUAGUAUUUUUCUGGCUUGCUCUGAAAAUAAUAUUGGCGUGAGGCAAGCGUUACAUUUUCAAAAAAAUUAAAUUGCUGCUUAAAAAAGCUACAUUACUUACUAUCCAGCUAUGGUGGAAAAGAUGGAAUUUCACUUUGCUGUGAAUAGUUUCCUGAUUUAUGUGUGUUGUGGUUUAACCCCAGCCAGCAAUUGAGCUCCAUGUAGCUGCUCACUCACUGUGACCCCUCAGUGGGAUGAGUGGGGGAAUCAGAAAACCAAAGUGAGAAAACUCCUGGGUCGAGAUGAAGACAGUUUAAUAGGUAGAGCAAAAACUGCACACAUAAGUUUGUUGGUUUUCAGUACAAAUUCAAACUAUAGCCCCAUGGUAGCUGUUAUGAAGAAAACUACCUCUAUCCCAGCCCAAACCAACACAGUGGGAUAGGCAUGAUUAAUCUAUUUCUGUGUUUAGAAGUAAUUUCAAAACCAGAAUUGUUUAGAAACUCAGGUGACGUCUUUCCAAUGUGAAGUACAAUUUUUUUUUCGAUUAUAUUUUUUUAUUGCAGUGUAAAAUUCAAUCUUUAAUUUCCUUUUGGGGAGGACUGUGGUAUUACACGUUGCUCAUCUUUCUCCUUUUCUACAGUUUAUCCUGAUAAUGGAAAGGAAAGGGCAUAGCUUAUUUUUUUGUAUGUCUUUAGACAGGUAUGUAUCUCCUUGCUAUUUGCUAAAGCAGUGUCUGUAACAGUCACAAGCUGCUGUAGUGGCUCAUAGGAGAAGGAACAAGAGAAAAGAAGCUCUGGUUGUCUGCAAAUGGUGUCCUUUAUGAAGCAGAGGAUACAAAAAUGACCACAUGGAACAUUGGCUUCUCUUCAUAACUACUUACUUGUACACUGUGAAAUGAUACAAUAUGUUCAUUGUUUUCUUUUUUUUUUCCUUGGUUGUGCAUAGUCAAACCUCAGUGAGAUUUUUGUGUUGUAAGAUACCCUGAAUUUCAUUCCGCUGUUUUGCCGUUGUUUGCAAGCUUUUUAAUCUCUGACUAAAACAUUUUUCCUAAACUUCCAGCAAGACAAACUUUCUUAACCCUGAUGAUGGCUGUUAAGCUAUUGUGCUUGAGAUCAUUCUGUUAAUUGGAAUUUUCCAGUUUAUUGUAAUAGAUUAGCCUUUCUUGGAAGCUUUUUGCUUAAUACGGGGCUUGGCAUGGUUUUGGUGCUGCAUGUGUCUGUGGUAAAACUUCCAUAAAAAUGAGGCAAAAAUUGGCUGUCUGUGCCCAGUGGCUUGAGAAUUAUGUCCCCAGGCCUCAUUCCUGUCCUGUCCACCCCAGUCCCAGGUGUGCACAAGCACAUGCACCAUGGAAACACUAAUGAAAAUCAGCUUUUACACUCGGUUCCUGCCUUGUUACCUUUUCUCUUCCAGAGCCCCGUUGUCAGGUUGCUGCUGGCAAACUGGAGAGUCUUCUCAGAGUAUUUGAAGUGCAAAGUUAGUUUGUACAUUUUGGCUUCCUGUUCUCCAGCGUGUGAUGUGUACUUUGUGGAACAAAUACUGCCUUUUAAUAAAGACCUACCCCGCAAUACAAGAUCCAGUAAACAACGUGUGCUGAACA